AAGCCACGGGGCUUAUAGAGGUGGGAGUGGGGUCUGUGGGGGUCUUUCCUAAAUGGUCCACGUAGCCCCACUUCCCCGCAAAUUCAGAGCCUGCCAUAUUUCAACCCGAAGCCCCUGAGCAAGGCGGGGGGAACUGGAGGAGACUAGCUGGGGCCUGGCCCCCUUUUCCUCCUCUCCUGCCUGCCCUCUCCACGCUUCCCAACAUGGAGGGGCUUCUCUGGCUCUGGUUUGGGCUUGAGGUAGUGGGAAGGGAGGGUUCCCCCCUUCCCACUGUGGCCUGGCACCACGACCAAGGGUUGCUGGCAGAAUUUGAUGGGAUCCUUGUGACCCAGAGGCCGGGCACUGAGCUGCCGUGGGGCACAGGGGGUAUCCAGAAGGGCAAUGCCUCCCUCCUCCUCCACCGUGUGGCUUUGGGAGACCUGGGCCUUUAUCGCUGCUCUGUGAACGUGGGGGGACAGCGGGGUGAGGCCAGCAUACUGCUGGAAGCCGCAGGUACCCACCUGCAGAUCUACACAGAGCCCUCCUCCCGGGCGGUCAUCGGGUCUCCUUCGCUACUCAAGUGCCGCUUCAGCAUAGGGGACGUCGUCGACCCGAGUUCGCUCCGCGUGAACUGGGUGGCCCCGGGGGGUCACACCGUGACCCAGUUCCCCCCGGGGUGGAAGGAAAAUGGGGAGAGUCCCGGGGGAUCCUUGGCGUUAGGGUCCAUCUCCGAGGAGGAGCUGCGUUUGGGCAAUGCCUCGCUGACCCUGAGGGUGCGGCCGGGAGACGAGGGGCCUUACACCUGCACUGUGGGCUACCGGAAUGAGGAGCAGCACAGCGAGACCCUCGUCAGUGUCUUCGCUGUGCCCCACCUCUCAUUACCUCCAGUCCAAGGCUCUCUGGAGGAGAAGAUUCUCCUCCUGUGUGAGGUCCUCGGUUUCUACCCUGCGGAGGGCCUGAGGGCCCAGUGGCUGCGGGAUGAGCAGGAGGUCUCUGGAGCCCUUAUGGAGCGCCCCCGGCUCAACUCCAAUGGGACCUUCGACUUGAAGGUGACUCUUCCCUUGACCCUACAAUCCCGGGACCUGGGAGCCUCCUUUGUCUGCCGAGUGGACCACCCUGCCCUGGAACAGCCCUUGCAUCAGACUCUGCAAAUGAAGAUUCGCAAAGCAGGAGAAUGGCAGCGAGCUAAUCAGAACCCCAGCGGCACUUCUUUCGGCAUUAUCUUAAUCAUUGUCCUGGCCAUCACUCUGCUAGCCAUAGCCACAACCCACAGGUGGAGCAGAUGGAGAGAAAGGGGAGCAUCUCUGUCUCAGCUACCUUCAUCCCCUUCUCUAGACUUAGAGGUGGAGCAGAGAGAGACUCGGACGGCUGCGGAUGGGCAGGAUAGAGAGCAGCCGCCGCCGAAAAUUGGGUCCCAAUUUUCUGGGAGAGCUUGGAAGACGGAAGGACAGUUCCCAAAGGGAGAAGAAGAAUCUGAGGGAAAACCCCCGAGCGAGGAAGGAUUCAGGAAUAACGAAGGACAGCUUGGGGGAGAAGACAGAGAGACUGAGGAACAGACCUCAGGGUGGGCUGGGGCUGAGGGACAGGAGGCGGGAGGAGAACUCAAGGACCAGGCAACGGAGAGUAUUGGGAAAGGGACUGAGGGGCAGAUAGUGGCGGAGGGUGGAGGGGAUAAUGAGGGACAGGCCAAGGGGGACGGUGAAGGAGGGUUAGAGGGACAGAUCAUCCUGGAGACCGAAGGGCAGGUGAUGGGUGAGAAUGAAGGACCAGUAAUAAGGGGUAGUGGAGAACGAGUCGACGGACAGAUAACGGGAGGGGACAAAGAAGGGGACGGGGGUGGGACUGUGGAGCCUGCAGUGGGGUGUGAUCGAAGAGAUAACCAAGGACUCGGACUAGGGGAUAACAGAGGACGAGAAAUUGAGGGGCAGGGAUUGGGGGAGGACGGAGAACGGAACGAGGGUCCUAGAGGUGGAAGUGGAGAAGCUAUACAACAGGCAGUGGUUGAGGAUGGAGACGAGGAGGAGGAUGAAGGAAGGCGCGAGGAAGAGGUAGGGCGGGAGCCUGAAAGAGGCAUUCUGGAACAGGAAGUUGGGGAGGGGAGACAAGAGUCUGAGGGACAAGUUGAGGGAGAAAUGGAGGGACACAUCCCGAAGCAGGAUGGAGAAGGGACCAAAGAACAGAACGCAAAGGGAUUUGGGGAAGAUGGGGUGCAGUCCACGAGUGCAGAAGGGAGACCGGGGGUUAUAUGAAGAGAAAGAGGAACAAGAUCCAAGAGGGGAUAGAAAAACCAAGGCAUAACCAAAGGAAAGGGACGUGGGGGUGGGGGGACGCUCAGGAAACUGCCCACAGGAGAAAAUGAAGCGAGAUUUUCCUCACAGGGGAAAAAGCCCCCCCGGCAUUGAAGGAAAUGGGAAGUAGGGGAAAUUAAAAAGGCCAUAAAUCUACCACUGUGAGAAGAUAGCGGGGAAAGGGCAUUGGAGAGACGGGCCAAAGUUCCUCCCUUAGA